GGAUUUUUGUAAGAUGGCGACCACAGCUGUUCACAAGUGAAGUUUUAGUUCGGAUUAUUUUUUUUAGCUAAAAACACCAAAUACAACAACAACAAUUUCCUGAUUUUGUUUUUAAUUUUUGCUGAAGCAGUAUUCUAAAACUUUUUUGCAUUGAAUCUAAAAAAAAGAAGAAAAAAGUGUUUUUAUUUUUGUAUCUUUUUUUCGGUCGAGUGUAGUUUUCCCUUGAAUGAAACGUAGAAAGAAAAAAACUCAAUGAAAACACAAUGGCGGAAACGAUUACAUUAAAAGAGUGUUUUAAGUUUAAAUAAGAAGCUAAAAAGUUUAUAGUGAUUUGAAGGUUCUUAUUUUGAAAUUUGUUGUUAUUCCAAACAUGAAAAGAAAAAAGGAAGAAGAACAAAAGUAAAUAAAAUUGAAAAUAAAAAGGAAAUUAUGCACAUCCUUAUCUCUUGCACCACAUAUCCCUUAAAUUAAAAAAAAAACACACUCAAAAAUAGUGUUCCCAAAAUAUUUUGUUUAAACAAAUGUCUUCUUCCACCAACUGCAAAAAAGAUUUAAAAAAAUAUAAAUAAAAGUUAUUCCUACAUAAUUAAGAAGAAAAUGUGUUCAAAUUAAGCGAAAGGAAAACAAAAUAAAAAAAAAGCAUCCAUCACAAAGGAGGAAGAAAACAAAACAAAAAGCAGGAAAAAUAAAAGAAAAACAAGAAGAAGAAGAAAACAAAAGGAAAAGAAAAAUACAAAAAAAACGGUUCAGUUUUCCUGUUUUUGUUAUUUUAAUUAUUUUAUUUUUUUUUUUUCGUGAAUUUCGAGUGUGUAGUGAUACUUAGCGAAGCGACUCCGAACAAAAUGUCAACGUUCUUGAAUAACUUUUUCCCAGCAGAUACGGCUGCUAUGGAUCCAAUUUUCUACUCUCCAAGCAAUGGAAUCCCAUCGGAAAGUAAACUGGCAACAUACAUGAACCGACAAAAUGUUGGAACGCCAACUUAUGGUCUUUCUUCGGGGUUUUCUCUUAUUAACUUGGACUCACCUUUAUCAAUUAAGAAAGCUCAGGUUACACCGCAUUCACCCGAAUUCAUUCCAACGCGAAUAAAUUCAUCGCCAAAUUUUUACUCACCAUAUCAACCGAUGCUAAGCAAUGGCGUCGUUGGCAACACUGGAUUGUGUGGAAAUGGAAAUUCUGGCCAAAAUCAGGCCCCAACAACGCCGGUAUCGGUGAAAACGAAUGCCAACCCGAUUUCGGGACUACAGAAGAGCGUUAUAGCUGCUGCUGUACAAAAACAUCAACAACACCAACAACAACAACAGCAACAACAACAGCAGCAGCAACAACAGCAACAUCUACAACAACAAAUCCUUCAUAAGUCACAAUCACAACAGCAGCCGCAAUCGCAUGCAGCGGUACCAAAUCUUGUUAAAAGUGUAGCUGCUAAUCCAAUCGCAGUUACAAAAGCACCGACCGCAACACAAACGUUUGCGAUGACUACCCCUCUGAAGCAGCGUCAUUCGCCCUCCAGUGUUGGUGAGAAAUCACCUCCACGGAUAUCGCCGCAUGGGUCACCUAUUCCGAAUACACUCUCCGCCAAUGUACACCAGGAAAAUGUUGGUGGAACGAUAUAUUUUUACCCGACUGCCAAUCACUCUUCCAGCCAAAAUAGUAGCUCGGUAAGUAGUGACACUGUCGUGGCACAUGCCCCAACCGUUGUGCCCGGAGGAGGUGCAACAAUUACUCCCUCUCCAGCCGUACUUUACACCGGGCAUGUUUAUCCGGGACCCUCGUCGAAUGUCAUUGGCAUGCAGCCGAAAACACAAUUGGAAACGGCAUUCUUCAUACCAGAUGAGAUGCGUUCCGAUAUCCUCACCCGCAAUGAGAUCUCUAAUUUCAUCUUGGACACAAGUGAUGCAGCUAAUUCGAAUAUCCCCCUCGAAGUGGACAACUACCAUUCAUUGUAUCCCUUGGAGCCACCACAAAUGCAUACCAAGAUGACAAUGCCCACAUCCACCUACAAGGCAACACACAUUACAACUGGAAUUAAGUACACCCUGAGAAGACUUCAUGGUUUUCGUCUGCAAUCGACUAAAUGUAUGGCAGUCGUUGAAAUGUGGAAGAAACUACAGCACUCAAACGUUGUCCAGCUCCGAGAGGUCUUUACGACAAAAGCAUUUGGUGAUAGUUCAUUAGUAUUAGUUUAUGAUUAUCAUCCAGGAUCACAGACUCUCUUGUCGAAGUUUUUCACGCCAGCAGCCGAAAAAAACGGAUACUCAGAUCCAUUCCCCGGCGAAGCGAGACCUUUUAGUCAUAAAAGCAAUCUGCAAAGAACCACCAAUGGACCACUGCUGCCUGAGGCGACAAUAUGGGCAAUUAUAAUGCAAUUAACAGCUGGAUUACGUGCUGUUCAUCAAGCUGGACUCGCUUGCAGAGUCAUAGACCCAACGAAAAUAAUUGUUACUGGUAAAAGGGUGCGUUUUAGUUUUCCCGGGAUCACAGACAUUGCUACAUUUGAUCCAAAUGCAACAAAUCAAUUGGCUGUUGCUAACAUGCACCAACAGGAGGACCUCACAGCUCUUGGCCGACUAGUUCUAGCACUCGCCUGUAGAUGUUUACAAUCUGUUCAAAGAGAAAGUGUACAAAACAGCAUCGAUUUGGUUUCCAGACAUUAUUCGUCCGACUUAAGAAACUUUAUAGUAUAUUUAUUCACAACCACACAAAGACGCUCAGUGACUGAUUUGAUGCCAAUGAUUGGUGCUCGUUUCUACACACAAUUGGAUGCAUUACAGAGCCAGUGUGAUAUGCAAGAGGAUGAAUUAUCUAAAGAAAUGGAAAAUGGUCGCCUCUAUAGGAUAUUGGUUAAAUUAAAUUGCAUUAAUGAGAGACCAGACUUCAAUUUGGAUUGUACAUGGUCAGAGACUGGUGAUAGAUAUAUGUUAAAGCUAUUCCGUGAUUAUUUAUUUCAUUCCAUCACCGAAGAUGGUCGACCAUGGUUAGAUCACGCACAUAUUGUUCAGUGUCUAAAUAAAUUAGACGCUGGUUCAUUGGAAAAAGUCCAAUUGAUGUCUCGAGAUGAGCAAUCCGUUCUCAUUGUCACUUACGUUGAACUCAAGAACUGUCUUGAGAAUUCAUUUGCCGAAUUGGUGGCUCAAGCAGCCACAUAAUAAAUGCUUCCCAAAUUAUACAUCACUCCCGAAAAACAACAAAAUUCUCCCUCUCCCCUUCCCCUUCAAAUUUAAGAACCAAAAGCAAAUUUAUGAUAAUUUCAAAAACAACAACAAAAGUUAUAUAAGCUAAAAAGUGUAUUAAAAUUUAAAAAAAAAAGUCAAUGCAAUAUUAUCUCCAGGAAAAUCCAAUCCCAAAAAAAAAAUAAAAACAGGAAUGCAGAAAAAAACAAAACUAUUUUUACAAAAACAUGUUAAAUUUCUGUCUGUCAAAAACGCGUUAAAAACUUAUUAAAAAAAAAACAACAUCAACAGAACACAAAUAAAUUGUCUCUUCCUAUUUUGAUAUCCAAAACAAAAAAUUGUAAACAGAAAAAAAAGUAUUUUUACACGAAACAAAAAUUUAACAAAUUUUUAUAAAAAAAAAAAAAAAACAAAUGUAUCAUGAAGAGAUCAGCAAGCAGGAGUGGAAUUAUUCUCAGAGCGCCUCAGCCUCUCUUCUCUCUAAUAUUCCAUCUUGACAGAAAACAAAUUGAAAUACAUUAAAAAUAGCAGAAGGCUCGUGUUAAAAAUUCGUUUGCUGAAUAAUGCGCUCAAAAUUUCUCCAGCUCCUAUUUUUUUUUUAAUGAUUCUCUCUUUAAGACUUAACGAGCUAAAUAAAACCACACUAUUUUUUGAAUGUUAAAACAAUUAAAAAUGUAAUAAAACUUGUUGAUCUAUUUUGCCUGCAGUAAGAUAAAACUGAAACAAAAAUAAAUACAAACUUUAAGCAAGAGAAAAAAAAAACAUGUUUACAUCUUAAACGAGAAAAUUAUUAUUGUAAUUAUUAAAACAAAAACCACCUUUACGCGCAUUAAUAUAAAUUAAGAACAGGGCCCUCUAAAAUUAUGUAUUCCAAAGAAAAUGAAACUUAACCUUCUACUUUUGUUUGUUUGUAAAGCAUUUUUAUGUUAAGAAUUGUAAUUUUUCUUUUAAUUUCAAACUAGUUCCAACUCAAAAUCUAUUUAGUCAUGAAGAAUAAACAUAAAACAAAAAUUAUAUUUUAUAUUGUUUGAAAUUUGUGUCAUUAAAAAAUGUUUACAUGCGCUAGAGUUUAUUUUAUUCUAAUUGAAACAUUGUAAAGAGCAAGAAGUUUUGUUAAGGUGUCCAAAGUAGUUAUUAUUAAACUCUUCUCCUUGUUGUUUAUUUUUCUAUUUUUUAAAAUUUAGAAUGUACAAAUAUCAAAUUGUAAAAAAAAACUUUAAUUUUUUAAGAAUUUCUGAUUUUUGAAACAUCAUUAUCAAUGCUAAUUUUAACUUUUUUAAAGUUUAUCAAUUUUACCAAUUUUAUUAUAAAUUCUUUUAAAUGAAAACACUGGCGUAAAAUUAAAAGUAAGCUGAUAUUAGAAGACAUAGGUUUACUAGUUUUAAGGAAAACUAAACUAUUAAACUAUUUUUUAUUUUUUACUUUUUAAACAGUAACAAAAAAUAAUGAAAGAGAGGAAAAUGUUUGGAUAUGAUUUCAGAAGAACAAAAGUAAGAGCUUUUCAAUAAUUUACAAUCGCUGUUUUUCAAUCCCAAUUGAAAAAUUCAAAGUAGUAAUUUGAUCAUUUCAGCUCAACCAACUUACUCCUCUUAUAAUCAACUUUCAGGGGAUGGAUUCAAAGAGUUGUUUUCGGCUGAUGCACUACACAACUCCUUCUAACCAAACGAACUAAAAUCAAAUUUAAAAUCCAUUUAGGUGGCCCCUUUAAAGUUAUGGUUAGAGAAUAUGAAAUGCCUGUGGGGUAAGGUUUCCCAAGCUGGAGAACUUUUUUUAAAAUGAAAUUAAUGAAUGCUUAACACUACAAAUUUUAUGAAUUUAAAUUCAUCCUUAUUACUUUUGUUGUUUUUUUUUUUCAAAACGACAAGCUCUAGAAGCGAAAUAUGGUGUUCUCUUCAAACUUCAUCCUUUUUUCCAAUUUAGUGAAAAUAGUUUAACUGGAAGGUCAACUGUCGCCUCCAGAAACGCGUGUUUUCUUUUGUUAGUCGUUUUGAUUCAAUGACUACCGCGAUAAGGAUUAUUCAGCCCUAUCAUGAAUUCCAUUGUAAUCGGAAAUUUUUACGAAUCCCUAAAAACUGUAUCAUGAAAUCCGUUCGUAGUGGAAAAUCUCAUACAAUUUUGCAUUACGUACGGAUUUCAUGAUACAGUUUUUCGAGAUUCGUACAAAUUUCCGAUUAUGAUGGAAUUCAUGAUAGGGCUGCGGCGGUGUAUCGUUUGUGAAAACAAAUUUGUACGCUCUUUAAAGUUGUUCUGUAAAAUGUAAUACACUUUAGAGGGUGUACUACACGCUCUUUUUCUUGUUUCGGAGUAUGUUGUGUUUAAAGGAGAAGAUGCAAAUGAGCAGAAACAAAUUUUCAUCAAAACAUCUCCAUUUGCUAGUUCUAUGUCAAUUGAAAUUAAAUCUGACAAUAUUAAGGCCUUUUUCACACAAAACAUUUCGUAAAAGACAAAUUCAUAUUGCCAAUCAAAUUUUGAACAUUGGAAACAUAAACGAUAAUCAAAAUGUCCCUUUGAAGCAAAUCAGUAUUGGGAUAUAAAUUUUUAGGGAAUUUUUUUGUGUCGGGGCAUUAUUAUUUACAGUUAACAAUUCCCGAAAAUAUUUCGAUGGAAACGAAACCCCUAACUUAUAUGACAAAGGUAUCCAGGGAAAUUUUUGUUUAGAUAUUUGACGACCAUAUUGAGUUACUAAAAAAGCCGACGGAAAACUAUACUUCGACUAAUCACAAUCAUAUUCUGAAUAGUCAAUAAAAUAGUGAUUUAAAGCAGACGUUAGGGAAAUUACUUCUGUUAUGGUACAAACAACAAUCCGAAUAAGUCUUCUAAAGGCCUCAGAAAUAUUUCUUUUCUUUAGAUUCUUGGUAUCACCAGUGAGUAAACUCUAUUCCACAUACUUAUUUUUUCCUUCGCUAAGCUCAUACCUAGCAACUACUCAGACAUAGCAUUAACCUUCUAGAAAUCGGAAGCUAUACUCAUAAUUUAAAUUGUAGCUUUUCAAUGUUGCUUAAUUCAAAAAAUCAUGUAUUUUCAUAUAAAUGAUGGAUCCCAGGGAGUUCCAAAACUUUCGUUGAUUUUUAAUCUUUACGAUGCACAAACGGACCGUUUUCCGUUUGUCUAAUUUAAAAUUAAAUUUGUAAGUGACAAUAGUGAAUUAAGGGGGUAAUCCCAUGGUACGGCCUGUAUUUUAAGGAAUUUUUAGGAUUUUUUUAAGACCAGUAAAUAGAUACAACUUUAUUAAGUUUAGUUUCAUUUAUUAGCAUAUACCGCGUUUACAAGGAGAAUUGAAUCAGGAUUUAGCGCCAUGAAUCGAAUCGAAAAUUUGUUUGUAAACCUGAAUCCCCCGAUUCAGGGAAUCGAAUUAUUGGUGUGUGAGGUUUUGCUUGUGUGCGUACGAUAAGUUUUUUGCAUCUUGUUUGUUCUAAGAAAAAAUACUCCAUUUAAAUGGAGUAUUUUUGGUUCGAAGCUGAAUUAAAUUUUUCGCUCGUCUUUUUGUUGAGAGCAUUGUUAUAAAAUUUAGAAUUUAUUUCACGUAGCAGUACACACACAAAUAAAACCCAAAUGUCAUUUUGAUUCCAUUUAAAUUCGAUUCCUCGAUUCAGUGGCACCAUAUACCUGGAUCGAAAUCUCAAUUCGAAUCUAUUUGAUUCCUCGAUCUCCUCUUGUAACCAGGGUAAUAGUUGGACAGUAUAAAUAUAAAAUUUUAAUUAAAAAUAUUGUAAAGAACACGAGUUACACCGGUGAGAAGAACUUCACCUCGAAAAAAUGGGCUCGCACUUCCUCCACGAUUCCGGCUUAUCUAAAACAAAAAAAAAAUAAACGGCGUUCUAAUCUGUAAGCCUAGAUGCAAGGAAUGAACUAUCAUCAAAUGAAUAUACCAAAAUUGGACUUUUGGGAGACAUUCGAAAAAAAGUCACGAAUUGUGCGUUUCUUUUUUUUUUUUGCUAUAAAAAAAUCGAAAUUUUUGGAAUUUUUGCUUGUCGAUAGUUCAUUCCAUUUGUUUACAUGUGCUAAGUCCGACCCAAACAAAUUUCAAGUCAUUCGGUCAAGCCGUUUUUUGAUAUACGAUGGAGGAAAGUUUGAAAAACACAGUUUUGAGAAGAACUCGUUUAAAGUUUCAAGUCCUCUUAACUAUGAAAAUAUCGAUUUACAUUUCAAUCGGCGAUGCCUGGUUCAUAGAGUAUUCCUUCUUCUUUUUCUUGAAACUCUUUCAAAGCAGAUUUUUCAGCUCUUAAAUCAAUUCUGGCUUGUUUAAACGCAUCACUUAUGCGCCGCUCAGAACGUGAGAUUCGCUUUUCAUCACGUUUCUCCACAUAAGUAUGGGUACUUUCAAAUUACCUUCAAAACCUUCAUUAAAGAUUUCCUGAAUAACUAUCUGUAAGUUUACCUGGUUUUUUUGCACCGACUCCUUUAUUUGUUUUAUCUUCUUUAUCGUAUCUUUAAAACAACUUCGAAUUUUGAAAAAUCCCUUGACUACCGUAUUCUAGACAUAUUAAACUAGCAAUUUAUGAAACAAAAAAUCGAUUUCUUUAACCCAUCACAUGGGAUGACCCCCUUAAGAGAUGUUUCGUCUGCAAAAGGCUUUAAAAGUAACACUACAACGUUUUGUUGGAAUAUUACUUCCAUUCAAAAUGUUCUGAUUGAGUCAAUAAUUAAUGUUGCAUUUUUUAAAACUAAGUCUUAAUAAUUUUUAUAUUUAUACAUUUUUAAAAAUUUCAUUUAAUAAAUUUGUAUUUUUAUUUUUGUAUUCGAUAUUCUCGACUGAAAAAUAAGAUGGACUUAACUCAAUUUCUCGAGAAAUAGCAUAGAAUUACUUCUUUUUUUCUUAUAAAAAUUGGCCAACUACCAAAUAUUUUCUGUCUCAGAUCUUUUGCGAGAAAAUUGAUGAUUGGUAUGAAAGUAGAUUUCGUUUCUGAGAAUUCUAAUUAGUAUAUUAAUAUUUUAUAAAUCAGUUAACGAGUGUUUUAAUCUAUGUUUUAUUUUAAACUUAUGAGGAGAAGAGUUCGAAAAGAAAGAAAUAAUAAUUAUGGAUGAUCUCAAGUAAUUUAUCUAAAACCUUCUUAAACAUUCAACUAAAAUAAAACCUUGCAUUUCAAAUUUUAUGAAAAAACAAUUUGGUAAAUAAAAUGAAACAAAAACACAAACACAAAACAAUAAAUAAUAGAAAUUAAAAAAAAUAUAAAAGAGAUUUAUUCACAUUUUUUGUGUUUCUUAUAUUUUAUUUUAAUUGGAGAAAUGUGUGGAUAAAUUUUAUCCCAAACUUAUCCUUAUUUUCUACAGAUUUCCUAACAAAAAUUGUUAAAAAAUGUAAAGAAGAACAAACAAAAAAAACAUACAAUAAAAUAUAUUUUGCUACAUAAAAUGAAUUAUAUAAGUUUUGCUCAACGAAAGAAAGAAAAAUGUAAUAAAAAAAUAAAACAAACAAAAAUGUGAUUUGGAUUCGGGAAUGUUUUUUAAAAAGAAAUUUUAUUGUUAUAAAAACCAAAUAGUAUACAAAAAAGACAAAAAUCUGAGUAAAAAUUAGGAAAAUCUAUAGAAAAUAUUUUGGAGAAACUGCUGCAAUUUUUGAAAGUACCGUCCAGUGUUGUGCUAAUGUUAUAUUUAAUGAGUUUUAAAUCUUUUUACAUUUUGUGUAUAGAAUAUUUUUUCAAAACACACAAAAAUGUUAUUUACAAAUAAGAAAAAGGAAAUACAAAUGGGACUCAUAUCAAAUAUCCUGUUAUAUUUAUAGAAAAGAAAGUUUUAUUAAACAAAAAAACACAAAAAUUAAAAUCCACACAUUUAUCUCCAUAAAUAUCUCUUAUAACCAUGCAAUAUACAAAAUAUAUAUUUAAUUUUCUUUUAAACAAAACAAAAUAAAACUAAAAAAAUAUACAAAUCAAAUGGGAAGCAAAUAAAUUGUAAAACUAUGAUAGUAAUUAGACUACAAUGAAACAAGACACGAGUUCAAGAGUUCAAAAUAUGCGGAAAAAAAGUUGUUUAAACAUUUAAAAAAUAACGAAAACAAAAGUAAAACAAAUUUAGUUAAAAAAUUAGUUUAAGUUUAUUAUUUUUUUUAUUAGCUUUAAGAUUUUUUUUUAAGUAUGGUUCUGAUUUGAAAAUUUAAAAAAAAGGGAAACAACAAAAACAGAAUACAAAAUAUCGUACAAGCUGUGCAGCGAGAGAUUCUUUUUUAUUAUUUUUAUGAUUUUUUUUAAAACUAUUAUUGUUAAGUUAAAAGAAUGUUUUUUUUUUGUAAUAAUUUAAAAAUUACGAUAAGUUUGCUGUUAGGGAAAAAUUCAUUAUUGUUUUCAUUUAAAUUCAACUUUGUAAAAAGAGAAAAAGAAGAAAUAUUUUGAUUUAAAGAAAGACUAUUCAGCCAAGUCAAGCCUGCAGUAAAAGAGAAUGUUUGUUAGUAUUUUUCUAUUUAAGUAAAACAGAAAACGAAACCAUGAGAAGAAAGAAACAAUUUAAUGUGAUUUUUUUU